AUGGAGCGCUCCUCCUCAAGCCCCCCAGGGGUGCCUCGCAACCCUCAGCAGACUCGGUCAUCACAACGCCGCAAGCCUGUCGAGCAUUUGCGCCUGGCCGAAACAAAGGCUGGCGAUAGCCGUAUCGGCGUUCCUCCCGCGUCUCCCGAAAUCAUCUCGUCCCUCAUCACCAGCCUUGCGGUCAUAUCGAAACCAGCCAACCACCAUUUUGAAGGACAAUCCGCCUCCAUGCCCAGCUCUCCUCGGCGUGCCAGCAGCAAUGGCAGUUUUGGUGUCGAGUAUGGCGCAUACUCACCCCAGCCCCUCUCACGGCUGCAAGAAGAGGAUGUCGACCUUGACGAGCUCGCCGCGAGCCCUCCGAUCGUCCGCACGUCCAAGCCCCCAUCCGGUUACUCUGCCCUGACUGCCCCAAAGUCUCCGCGCCGGGAGUCCUCCGGCGGCUUCAAACAACUUCUGCGCAGCCCGUCGCGACCGUCCUCCAAGAGCUCUGCAGGCUCAAUACACGACGAUAAUGCCAGCAUUGGCAAUCUGUCCGUCGAGCGUGGCUCCUCACGUAGUAUAGAGUUAAACCGCAAGAGUUCACAUGACAGCUGGGGCAGGCGACAAUCGAGAUCGCAGAAAGUGCUGGCGUACAUGAGCUCAAAGGAGCAGCUGCGGACAUCAGACUCCGACCGCAAACGCGCAAGUGGAGGCGGCAGUCAAAGUAAUGCGUCUCCAAACACGGGGAAAGCACAUGCCGAGACACCAGGCAUUGAUGGGCCGGGAGCUUCCAGGUCGAUGACGAGCGAGGCAGCGAAAUCGAAACCCACGCCGAGUGAUACGAACGGCUACCAUAUUCCAGCCCGUGAGUCGUCCUUGAAGACGGCUUCCAGAAGAUCCUCGCAGCGACUUUCCCAGGCCAGGCGACGGAGUGACGGCGCGCUAAACGAUAUGAUUCCGGAAUAUGGUGAGGAUGGUGAGCUUCGGGACCUCGCCGCAGCGAAGCAAGAGCGACAUUCUUCUCGUCGCCAAUUAGAUACGGAUGCAACAAGGACGAGGGAAAGCACCACGACAGGAAGAACGACCCAAUCAGCUCAUGGGGCCUCUGCAAAGAAUGGCUCUCGCGUGGAUGAGUCCUCAGCACCACCGGACACGUCGAGAUUGGCCGUGGAUGAUGGUGCACCGUUCCCCUCGAUUUCCUCGAGCCGAAAACGAAGCGGACAGAGCGCCGACCGGAAGAAGUCAGGCAGGACGACGCCCGACCCUGGCGAGACGAUGCGUUCGAAGAGAAGCAGCUCCCGUGCGAAGAGGCUGUCGGUGGGCGCGAAAGGAUCGGAAACCCCAGAUCGACGGAAGAGCUCUGCGACACCAGAGCCGACUGUCGGGUACGAGAGGCCACAAAGUGCAGACUCUAUUGACGACGCCGUCGAGUCGUACCUCUGUUCACCACGGCUCUCGCAAAAAAUUCAUCACCCUCAGACAGGAAGAGUUAUUUCAUUCUCGGAAGUCGGCGAUGCUGAUGGUUCCGCCGUGUUCUGUUGUGUGGGCAUGGGACUCACGAGAUAUAUCACAGCAUUUUAUGACGAAUUGGCCCUCACCUUGAAGUUGCGUCUGAUCACACCCGACAGACCUGGUGUUGGAGACAGUGAGGCAUACGCAGAUGGCACGGCCACACCUCUGAGCUGGCCUGAUGAUGUGUACGCUAUCUGCCAAGCACUGAAGAUUACCAAAUUCUCGAUUCUUGCCCACUCUGCCGGAGCGAUAUAUGCCCUAGCUACAGCAUUGCGAAUGCCUCAGCACAUCCGCGGCCGCAUCCACCUGCUCGCACCGUGGAUUCCCCCAUCACAGAUGAACGUAUUUGGAGCCUCGCAAGCAUCGCCGCCGGCAAAUUCCAUACCCACGUCACAACGCAUCUUGAGGGCCUUGCCAACGCCAUUUCUGAAAGCCGCAAACAGUUCUUUCAUGUCUGCCACGAGCAGCUCGAUCACCAGUUCGUUACCGAAGAAUAGCCCUCGGCGCACGAAACGGAAGGCGAACAAUUCAACGACCCCAGCUGGGGCGAAUAAGGAUUUGCCUUCUGUAGUCGACAAGGAAAACCUUGUGAGCAAGCAUGACUCGAUCGACCCGGAAUUCCUUGGUUCUGGGUUCACAGGCGAUAUCUCGAAAGAGCAACAACAGCACAACCGUGGCAAGAAUAACCGCUCAUCUGAUCCGCAGGCCGCGAUCCUCGCUGCCGCAGAGGAAGCGAUGGUGGAUAAGGAACGCCAAGUCCACUAUGACCUGAGAUUGACACAUGCAAUUUGGGACCUCGCCACCACAGGAGCCAACCCCGCGGUUGACUUGCUGGUCUGCCUGGAACGUCGACACACGAUCGGCUUCCGCUACGUGGACAUCACACGUCCUGUUGUCAUCCACCAUGGCAGCAAGGACACACGCGUGCCUGUGGAAAACGUGCGCUGGCUUGGCAAGACCAUGCGCCGUUGCGAGGUCCGUGUUCUUGAGGGUGAAGGUCACGGUCUCAUGGCGAGUGCGACAGUGAUGGGCUCUGUGCUCAUGGAGAUCAGCAAGGAGUGGGAAGAUUGGAACCAAGUCACUGGUUCCAACUCGAGAAGGGACGAAGGCCGCGAGAGAGGCCGAAGUUUGAGGGCAGGGCUCCGCUGA